UCCUAUCACUCAUUGAACAUUGAUGUAGACGAAUGGUUCGGCUUGCCGAAGAUAAUUUGACAACAUUGUUACCGUAUCAAAAUGGCAACACGACAAGAAUCAUUUCCCUUCUCCAUCUCGUCUCUGAUGAAGACCAACCCACAAGUCGCUCAUGAUCGUGUCCUGUCGCCAGGGUGUCUGGCAGGAAGUCUGGCCGCCAUCAUGCCACGUGACUACCAGAGAGCCGAUCCUGGUACUCAUCAAUACCAUCAUUCAGAACACGAUCUCCAGACCAUGAUUUGUACACGGUCCUCAGAAGUGAUACCCUCCCAAGAACAAGAUCACAAUGAGUCAUACGCAAGUCCCGAACCAUCCCCCAAACUGGAAACUCCACUUCCUCCGUCAAAGCCGUUGACGACGGGGUCGCCAAGCCCCUCUCCAGUGAACCUGUGUCAUCACAGACCGGAUUCCAGCCAGUACAAAACAUGCGUGAAUGUGUCAGAACAACGAGUGCAUUCUCCCCAUGCACCUGUACACGCCUAUCACCCAUAUCUCCUUGAGUCUCUCACUGAAGUCAGAGCAUCUCCUCUGACCGCCUGUCACCCUCAGGAUAAACUCACUUCAAGGUCGAGGUUGACCACCGAAAAGUUCGGAUCGUGCCCUAAAACGGAAAGGAUGUCGACGCCGUCAAAGACGGACAUUGGUGAUAAAUGUCCGAUAUCGCCCAAAAGGUCACGGUCACGUUCGAAGUCCUCGCGCUGUUCUGUCUCGUCCACCGACAGUGACCAACCCCAGAGAAGGGGCAGCAGAAUCAGCUACACCUCUAACCAGAUCCAGAGACUUGAUGCCGUGUUCCUGGUCACACCCUAUCCCGAAACUCAGCUUUAUGAGAAAUUGGAGGAAGAGCUUGGUGUGCCCCAACGGAAUCUCAAGACAUGGUUCCAAAACAAGCGAGCAAGAACCAAGCGACAGAAGGCCGCCCAACCGCACCAGGCGGACAAAUCUCCCGUCCAUUCGUUCCUGAUGCCGCCCUGCCCUGCAAUGUCGUCUGCUCUUCCACAGUUCUCGUACAUGAUGCCAGGUGCCAUGGUGACAGCCCCUCUGGCUGUUCCAACAUCUUCCAGUGCUAUGAUGACCCCGCCAUCGUCACCGUCACCAUCCCAGCUCAUACAGCGUCCUUGUCCCGUAUAUCUAGGGACAACAACAUCGUCUGCGGUUACAACACUUGGGCAAGUCUCGCCACCGUUCGGGAUUUCGUCGAGACCUGGGACAGUUAGUAUCAUGACGCCAUCUAGUGGACAGAUCUCGCCCCAGAUGAUUGCAGUCAAAAACAAAAGAUUUAGUCUAUCUCGUUCCUCUCUUUCACACGAACCAACAUCUGGUUCAGAGUCUUGGAAUUCUUCCGGAAGCCAGAGCAAGGAAUCGUUUUCACCGUCCUACCUGUCAACGUUGUCGGCCCUGGAAACGUUGUACUCCUCUCUGCCUUUCAGUCAGCCUAUCCACGAACCUAGUCAUGACGAGGUUCUUUCACACGGGUAUUACUGACGGUUUGGUAACACUGAAAAACCGAUCAGUGACAAUGUGUGUGACGAUGUGGAUUUACCCGCUGACCUAUUUGCGGUGUGAUUUAGUGCUAAACCUGUAUGACGAUCAGCCAUGUAUAUUUGUAUUCUCCUUUUACUUCUAAUAUAUUGUUAUUGUUGAAAUCUGAUCUUUUUACAAUAAACGGAAUUGUACA